AUGGCUGCUUUCUCAUAUCCAUCCUAUCUUAUAAGGGCAUCUUCCAAUACAGAUAGCCAUGACCAAAACAAGCAAAAGCUAAACAACAUAAGAAUUAAUGGAACUUCUAGUAUGUCCUCCAUGAAGCCUGAUACACUGAGCCAACCUGCUGGAGUUGCAAGCACAUACAAUUCAUUUACUUCUGUUAACGGAAAUAGCAUCACCACAGAAGAGCUUCGCCAAAAUAUUCCAACAAAGAAGCGAUCUGUGGAUCCUCAUCGCCAAGGGCUCAUCAUUGAAGGAGGUGUCGGGUACAGGCAGACUGUUGUCAUAAGGUCCUAUGAAGUUGGUCCUGAUAAAACUGCAACUCUUGAGAGCAUCCUCAAUCUUCUUCAGGAAACAGCAUUAAAUCAUGUAUGGAUGUCUGGUCUUUUGAGCAAUGGAUUUGGUGCCACACACGGAAUGGUGAGGAACAAUCUUAUAUGGGUUGUCUCAAGGAUGCAAGUUCAAGUGGAUCACUAUCCAAUUUGGGGAGAGGUAGUGGAAAUUGAUACAUGGGUUGGAGCAUCAGGGAAAAAUGGAAUGCGACGAGAUUGGCUUGUCAGAAGUCAAGCCACAGGCCAUGUUUUUGCCUGUGCCAUCAGCACCUGGGUGAUGAUGAACCAGGAAACAAGGCGCCUCUCAAAAAUGCCAGAAGAAGUGAGGGCUGAAAUAUCACCCUGGUUCAUAGACAAGCAAGCAAUCAAAAAGGAUUGUCCAGAAAAAAUUGUUAAGUUGGAUAGUAAAGCAAGAAAUAUGGACUCCAAUUUGAAGGUCAAGAGAAUUGAUUUGGACAUGAACCACCAUGUAAACAAUGUGAAUUACGUAAGGUGGAUGCUUGAGACCAUCCCCGAUGAGAUCUUGGAGUCUCACAAACUGUCCACUAUCAUACUAGAAUAUAGAAGGGAAUGUGGAAAUUCAGACAUAGUUCAGUCCCUUUGCAAUCCGGACGAAGGUGGAAUUCUUGAGGAUGGAUUGAAACAUAAAAAUGGCAUUAGUCUAAAUGGAUUUUCUCUGGCAUCAGAAAUUCUUGAAGGUAGUGGACUCUUGUGUAACUUUGAGAAAGUAUCAUUAAGGUAUACAUAUCUCCUCCAAGUUAAAGGUGAGCGUGGAAAUGAAGAGAUUGUUAGAGGAAGAACCACAUGGAAGAGAAAGAUGCCCUCCAAGCCUUUCACCACAUAG